CUGCAGCUAAGGAAGCUGAAGAGUGAGAAAGAAGUUAGAGAGAAGUGUUGUUAAAAUCUCCCGAACACGCGAAAAGAUGGAAAACGAUUCAAUUGACAGUUUAAUCCUGAAGCUCCACGAUGUCGACGCGGUGAAGUUUGGAGAGUACAAGCUGAAAACUGGCAUGAUGACACCCAUUUACAUCGACCUGAGAGUCCUCGUGUCCCACCCAGCUCUCAUGAACCAGGUGUCUGCUCUUAUCUACCAGCGUGUGCAAGAGGAGGAGCUGCAGUUUGACAAUGUGUGUGGGGUUCCAUACACAGCUCUGCCUUUGGCCACAAUCAUCUGUUCCAGACAUGAGCUGCCCAUGCUCAUCAGGCGGAAGGAGGCUAAGGACUAUGGAACCAAGCGUCUGGUGGAGGGCUCGUUUCGGGAGGGGGAUAUAUGUCUGAUCAUUGAGGACACGGUGACCAGUGGCACCAGCAUCCUGGAGACUGCUGAAGUCCUCUACGGCGGGGGGCUGAAGGUGACAGAUGCUGUUGUCCUAAUGGACAGAGAGCAGGGCGGCGUGGAUUAUUUGGCUUCUAAAGGGAUCAAACUUCAUCCAAUCAUCUCCAUGUUCAAGCUGCUCAAUGUGCUGCUGGCAGCCAAUCGCAUUGACGCCCAAACCGCCCAGAGUGUCCGCAAGUUUAUCUUGGACAACAACACUUUCAGCCCCAAAGGGGAAAACGGGAAUGGUGUUCCUGCUGUCAAGAAGCCAUGUUUGGAUCAGACGAUGGAGCUGAGCUAUGGCGACAGGGCCAAACUACCAGAUGUUCACCCUGUAGCAUCUAAGCUGCUGAGCAUCAUGGAGGAGAAGCAGUCUAACCUUUGUGUGUCCGCUGACGUGACGGUCAGUGAGGAGCUCCUACAGCUGGCUGACUCUCUGGGUCCCAAAAUCUGCAUGUUGAAAACCCAUGUAGACAUCCUAGAGGACUACACUGCUGCGUUCGUCCAGAAACUGCAGGCGGUGGCUGAGAAACACAACUUCAUCAUCUUUGAAGACCGCAAGUUUGCUGACAUUGGGAACACAGUCAAGCGUCAGUAUGAAGGUGGUUUGUACCAGAUCUCGUCUUGGUCCCACGUAGUGAAUGCCCAUGCGGUGCCCGGGCCGGGGGUUGUGAAGGGUCUGAGCGCUGUAGGGAAGCCUCUGGGCCGAGGCUGCUUGCUCAUAGCACAGAUGAGCUCUCAGGGCUCCCUGGCUACGGGAGAAUACACAAAGGCUGUGCUGAAGAUGGCAGAGGAGCACACAGACUUUGUGAUCGGGUUUAUCUGUGGCUCUAAGAUCUCCAAGAGGCCAGAGUUUAUCCACAUGACCCCCGGGGUGCAGAUACAGGCUGGAGGUGACGUGUUGGGCCAGCAGUACACCACUCCGGAGGACGUCCUUUACAACAAGGGUUCUGAUGUCAUCAUUGUUGGUCGAGGUAUCCUGGAGGCCCCUGAUAGGCUGAAGGCCGCUGAGUCAUACAGAAUGUCAGGCUGGGAGGCUUACACCAACAGACUGAGCAAGGUUGCACAAUAGGAGGGAGUUCUGUGCUACUCCAUAGAAUUUCUUAUUCAUUAUCUCAGCUAUACAAACAAGGACCUCUGUGGGGAAAAAACAACUUAAUAUGCUUUUGUUGCAGUUUUGAUGAACACCAGUGGGCACGUAGUAGUAGUAGAAUAGAUAGAAACAUAUGUAGACAUCACACUGCCGCAUCAGAACACACACCUGUUAUUACACAAUCACACAGUUGACUGACAUUUGUUUGGGCCUUCUGGACGGUGUGGGGAUCAGACACUUUACUGUUUACAACAUUUAAUCCUGUCCUGUUAAGACGCUGCUUUGUUCUCAUGAUUCCCUCCUGAAUUACCUAAACCUGAAGUCCACCACUGUGGUACUUCUGUCCAGGUAAAAAAAAAAAAAAAGACUGGGGAGUUUCAGUAUUUCAGAGUUGAGUCCUUCUGUCCAACAAGCAGAACUCUCCAUAAAUAAUAAAGAUGUGAAAGUCAUCUGUGGAGUUUUGGAUUAAGGUGGAUCGCGAGGUGUUUUCUACCGUUCUUAUGCAUGCUUUUGUAUAUUUUCUGAAAUGUUCGAUCAAGAUCUGUGGUACGAAUGAGGGGGUGUGGGUGAUUAUUUCUUUUCUAGUUUUUGUACAAUACAUUAAAUUUCAGGUUAUUUUUCAAUUUACAAAUGGGACUUAAGGUCAACUAAAAACAAUGGCAUUUGACUCACCUGGUUGAUUGCACGUCCUUGCAAAUUUGACAAAAACUGUCAACCAUCAAAACAGGGAUCUGGCUGCUUGAGAUUGAUUUUGUUUUUCAGCAGCUUGAAUUAUUGACUAUUUGUUCUGUUGUUCAGUGUUCAGUGAGUCCCUCAGGUUUGCAGCUGUGCAUGUCACAGCUGUCUUUCUUCAGUCCAAUGUGUACCGUCCAUAUUGUUAAACUCAAAAUAAACACUUGUGUUGUUGUUUCUGCACACACGGUCAAUGUGAAAUGCUCAGUGAUACCAGCAAAACCCAGCCACAGGUUGUUCUCCGCUUUAAUCGUCUUGUAAAAGUCGCUGGAUAAAGGAGCUUUUGUUUAGAUAAGACACCUUCAGUUUGUGUCACCUCCCUGAAGAAAUAGUCAGAAGUAAACAGUGUUUUCCUGGAGCCAUGACAGUUGUGCCGUUACUGCUGGAGAACAGGGACCUCAAUGGUGUUACGGUAAUAAUCAGGGACUUCUGCUUUCUGGUUUAAUGGAUGAAUAGGAAGUGCGUUCUCUUACAGGAACCUCGUUUGGCUUUUUCCUUCCAUUUACUUUUCGUCUAUAUAAAAGAAAUGAAAUGUCUUUUUGUGAUAAGACUGACGUAUUUCAAUAAAUCUUGUAUAUCAAAAAUA